UCGCGCUGGAGAUGUUUAAUCGUUUCAAGAACAAGGUGCUCACGGCAGUGGCCCUUGACCAACCGGCUCUACCAUCCGGUCCGGGCCAUCCGGCGUACGGUGGUGGUCCUAGUUCCGGCCGAAACACCAGCAAAGACUACGAUGCCGGUGGUAAACGUUUGCCGAAAAAGUUCCAAUACGCCCGGCCCCCUUUUCUGCAGCUGCUCACGUACGACGAGCUGAAGGCAAGUGCUGACCACAACGUACGCCCCAUCAUAGUACCGCGCGACAUCUCACUGCUGCCGUGGAGUACGGGCUACGCGGAGUGUGUGAAUUCGGGCAAAUCGAAAUGGAACGAGGACCAGGCCGCAUUCCACCGGCAGGUACUGUCACACCCGUCCAAACAGUAUCACGAUCUGCCGUACACGUACUUCGGGAUAUACGAUGGGCAUGCCGGGUAUGGGGCGGCACUGGCCGCCGCCAACCAGUUCCACUACAUCUUGCACGAGAAGCUAGUGGAUGUGAUUGAUUUGCUAAUGCCGCGGGUGGAGAGCGAGAAUGGAUUGGCGAUGCAGCAUCAGGCGCCACUCCCCCAUCCGAGCCUGUUCCACAAGCAGGUGACGAAGGAGGAGCUGAUCGUGGGUGCGCUCGAGGCGGCCUUUGCCGAUAUGGAUGCGGUACUGGCGGAAGAUCGGGACAAGUAUCGAAAUGCGGGUGGGUGUACCGCGCUGGUAGCGCUGUUCAUACUCGGCAAGCUGUUUGUCGCUAAUGCGGGCGAUUCGCGGGGUGUACUGUGUAAGCGGGUAAAGCGCCGGAGGGUGGCAACACCACACGGACCAGAAUGCAAUGGCGUGGCGGAGGCAUACAAGGAGAAGGAGGGGGAGGACGAGUAUGAGGUGGUGGCGGAACCAUGCUCGUUCGAUCACACACCGGACACGGAGCGACCCCGGCUACUGACCGUUGGCAAACACAACCCGGCACUACUCGGGGGUGAAUACAUCGCGAUGGAGUACGCGAAAAAACCGACGACGAAGGAUCUUGGGGCGAGGAUUCUCUACCGGCAGGGUGCAAUGAAGGGCUGGACGUACAAGACGCUUACCGCGUCCGAUCUGAAGGUACCGCUCAUUACGGGAGUCGGCAAGCGUAGCCGGCUGCUCGGUACGAUUGGUGUAACGCGCGGAUUCGGCGAUCACGAUCUGAAGGCGCUCGGUAGCAACUUGCCGAUCAAACCAUUCCUCAGCGCGCACCCGGAUGUGGUGUGUUUCGAUCUGUGCCAGGUGCACAGGAGCGAAGAACCUGACAUAGACGCUAACGUUGCGGACGGUGCGUAUGGCAUUCUCGUAAUGGCAACCGAUGGCCUGUGGGACGUGAGUGAAUCACAACAGGUGGCCAAUACCGUGUUUGGCACCCUGAAACGCUUCCCAGCCGAACGCCAUCGGUACACGAUGGUGGCACAGGAACUGGUAGCAAGAUCUCGUGGCCGGGCAAAUGAAUCGGGCCACUGGCGGCUUUCGGAUUCGCGUGCCGCCGCAACGGUAGACGAUAUCUCCGUGAUCGUUAUACCGGUUUUUCAAUACUACCGCGAGUAUCGCGAAUGGACACAAACCGUGGCGGCUCGCAAUCAGAUGAGGAGUGCUGCGAGUGAGAUGGUGGUAGUACCGGUUGCGGAGGUAACGCCGGAUGUGGCGCGAUCGACCACUACCACCGAGCUCAGCUCGUCGUCAGAAUCGUCCGAACCGCCCGAGGAAGGCCAGGAGGCGGAAAAUAAUCUCAACACAAUUAAUCUACAGCCGGCUGGUGGUACCGGGAAAACGGUACCGAUGGGGUUGGCGGAUGCGCUUCCGGCUAAGUAAA